CUGAAGAUCCCUCAGAUCAGCUACGCGUCAACAGCCCCGGAGCUAAGCGACGACAGGCGCUAUGACUUCUUCUCACGGGUUGUCCCUCCAGACUCAUUCCAGGCCCAGGCCAUGGUUGACAUCAUUCAAGCCUUAAACUGGACCUAUGUCUCUACUGUCGCCUCAGAAGGCAGCUAUGGAGAGAAGGGAGUGGAGGCUUUCACCCAGCUCUCCAAGGAAGCAGGUGGGAUCUGCAUAGCCCAAUCUUUGAAAAUUCCCCACAACCCAAAAACGGAGGAUUACGACAAAACCAUCCAACAGUUGCUGGAAACGCGCAAUGCACGGGCAAUCAUCAUCUUCGCCAGUGAAGAAGACAUACGAGGAGUUCUCAACGCCACUAAGAGGGCCAACGAGGUGGGCCAUUUCGUGUGGAUUGGCUCUGACAGCUGGGGGUCCAAGGGCAGCCCUAUCCAUCAGCUAGAAGAUAUAGCAGUGGGAGCAGUCACAAUACUGCCCAAACGCUCCUCCAUUGAAGGAUUUGAUGAAUACUUUAUGGGUCUCACCCUGGAGAACAAUCGCAGGAACGUGUGGUUUGCAGAGUUUUGGGAGGAAAACUUUGACUGCCGACUGCUCAGUGGUUCAAAGAGAGAGGACAGCAGCCGCAAAUGCACAGGCCAGGAGAGGAUUGGGAUCGACUCCAAGUAUGAGCAGGAAGGGAAGGUGCAGUUUGUGAUUGACGCUGUGUAUGCCAUGGCCCACGCUCUGCACAACAUGCACAAGGAUUUAUGUCCCAAUCAUCCUGGCGUUUGUCCACAAAUGGAGUCCACAGAUGGGAAGACUCUGCUCAAGUACAUACGCAAUGCCAGCUUCAAUGGUAGCGCCAGCACAUCUGUUGUAUUUAACAAGAAUGGCGAUGCUCCAGGGCGCUAUGACCUGUUCCAGUUCCAGUUGACCAACUCCUCUGGCCCAGAGUACAAGGUGGUGGGACAGUGGGCGGACACCCUUCAGCUCAGGCUGGAAGAGCUUCAGUGGCCAGAUGGGGAGCAGGAGGUGCCCAUCUCUGUGUGCAGUCUGCCUUGCAAAACUGGUGAGAGAAAGAAGAAAGUGAAGGGCAUGCCAUGCUGCUGGAUCUGUGAGCUAUGUGACGGCUACCAAUACCAGUAUGAUGAGACUUCCUGUAGAUUAUGUGCGUACAACAUGAGGCCCAAUUCCAACAGAACGGCAUGCCAGCACAUCCCCAUCAUAAAGCUGGAGUGGCACUCUCCUUGGGCAGUAAUCCCCGUCUUUCUUGCCAUGCUCGGUAUCAUUGCCACCAUCUUUGUAAUGGCAACAUUUGUGCGUUACAAUGACACCCCUAUAGUGCGGGCAUCUGGCAGAGAACUGAGCUACGUGCUGCUAACUGGCAUCUUUCUCUGUUACAUCAUCACCUUCCUCAUGAUCGCCAAGCCUGACAUAGCCGUAUGCGCCUUCAGGAGGAUCUUUCUGGGCCUCGGCAUGUGCAUCAGUUACGCGGCCCUCCUCACCAAGACGAACCGGAUCUAUCGGAUCUUUGAGCAGGGCAAGCAGACGGUCACAGCCCCUCGCUUCAUUAGCCCCACCUCACAGAUCGCCAUCACCUCCAGCCUCAUCUCUGUCCAGCUUCUAGGGGUGCUUGUGUGGUUUGCCGUUGACCCACCAAACACAAUUGUUGACUACGACGAGCAAAAAACGAUAAACCCCAUGCUGGCUCGAGGAGUUCUGAAGUGCGACAUCACAGACCUGCAAAUUAUCUGCUCAUUGGGUUAUAGCAUCCUGCUGAUGGUGACCUGCACCAUCUAUGCUAUCAAGACAAGAGAUGUACCAGAGGACUUCAAUGAAGCCAAACCUAUUGGAUUCACUAUGUACACUACUUGCAUAGUAUGGCUGGCCUUCAUCCCAAUUUUCUUUGGCACAGCCCAGUCAGCUGAGAAGCUGUACAUUCAGACAACCACCCUGACUGUCUCCAUGAACCUCAGUGCCUCAGUUGCGCUGGGCAUGCUCUACAUGCCCAAGGUGUACAUCAUUAUCUUCCACCCUGAGCUGAACGUGCAGAAGAGGAAGCGUAGCUUCAAGGCUGUGGUCACCGCUGCUACAAUGUCAUCCCGUCUGUCCCAGAAACCCAGUGAGCGGCCCAACGGCGAGGCCAAGACCGAGCUGUGUGAGAACCCCGCUGCUGACCCCAUGAGUCAAGCAACUAAGAAAACAUACGUGAGUUACAACAACCUCAGGAUCUGAUUAGAAACAAGCACUUUGUCUUUUGAUGGUGAUCUGAAAGAAAGCAACGGAAGCUGUAGGAACGGAGAAAAAAAGACAGAGAGCGCAGGCAUCCUAGCACCACCUGCAGAACCUAUGCACUCCAGGACUGUGAAAAGCAUCCAACCUACAUUCAGACAUGAUGCAUGAGUCCUAACAGAUAAGAAAAGAGCUUUGGGCCUGUGUGACUGGGACGACCCCUCAGAACCAACCACAGGUUAUAAACUUGUGACGAGGCGCUCCUCUCUUUGUCUGACAGGGGACAAGUUGCCUGCUGAAAAAAGGGGUCAUUAUGAAUGAGGAAAAAACACAAAAAUACAGACAUUGGAUCUGCUUCAAAAUCUUUCUUUUGAAAUGUCAUUAAAGCCAUAUUCUCUUGGGGUGUCCAUUAUCUGAUUUCUGUUUUGUAUUGUUUAAGUGAUUUUCUUCGGUGCCUAUUUUCUCUUGUUGAUUUAAUUACCUUGAACAGCAAGCUCUGCCACACACAGCAUUUUGUUUCAACAAGUUCAACUCAACCUAGUCUGAGAUGUUUUUUAAUCGAGUAAUGGGCAUUGUGAGUAUAUUUUUUUUGUAAAUAUUUGAGAGUAUUUUCAUGUUUGAAGAACACAGAAAUAGAUAUCCAGUCUUUGUUCAGUUGGAUUUGGAUGGUAACUUAAAGCACCACAAAGUGUCCACUUUGCAUGUGCCAAUGUAUGUCUGUUCUAUUUGAUGUGAACUAA